AUCAACCUCUUCAUGAUCACCAUCGUCAUGAUCCUCAUUACUGACAUCGUUGUUAUAACUUUCAGAUGUCCUUUUCCGUAACGCUGCUGCUGUCCUACAUCGUCUUCAUGUCGUCCAUCUCCAGCACCUUGCCGCCCAACUCCCUGACGGUGUGUCUGUACUCACUGUACCUGGCCGCCCUCAUGCUGCUGUCCACGCUGUGCGCCUCCGUCAACGUCGCCAUCAUCGCCGCCUACCACAGCCACACACCUGCUCCCCCAGUCUUGGGCCACAAACACCCAGGGGAGGGGAAAGAGUGUAGAAGGGGGUGCACAGAGGAAGGGUCACAGGCCAGUUACGGAUUGACCAUGGCAUCAUCUGACAGCAUCCCACUCUCCAGUCCUCCUGCUCGUAGAAAUUCCUUCGAUUCCAUCAGCCUGCUGCCUUUCCAGAUGACCCCUUCGGUUAGCUCAAGGGUCAAGGACAUGUCGAUAGACGAGGAUCUGCCCUGCCCUUGCCGAUGUCCUCGAAAACUGCGCAGUCCACCUGAGUCUCCUUCAGCCCUGGGAGGAAGCGGAAGUCGUCAAGGGAAAAGAAUUCUGUGGGGCAAAACUCUAGAGAGGUGGAACAAACUCGCCUUUUAUUUUACGUUUGGGGCCACACUGUUCACACAUGUCUUCUUCGCCAUUUUGCUUGUUCUGUAA